AUGAUCAGCCUGCCUCAGAGUCCAACGUUCGCAUCGUCGAUGAUGCCGAGCCAGAACGUACCGGUGCAGACGAGCCAGAAUUUCCCAAUGACGUUCCAACAGCCGCACACGAUCGCGCAACAAAUGCAAACCACCCCUACCGCUGGUUAUCCGGCCAAUCCGCAAGAUCCCUUCAAACCAUUCUAUCAAUUGCACCAAGCGGACGUGUUCGUGGCGAAUCACCAGUAUCAGCCAAGAAAUCCAACAUCGUAUCCGACACCGUUUCAACCAUACUCCGCUUCAAACAACCCUCUCGUACAAUCGCAAGUCAACUGCGGUGUUCUUCCGCCAAACGUGCUCGACCAGAUUCGCAGCUGCGUAAGCAGCGCAGCUCCGAUAUUUAUUCUGCCGGGUGGUUGCCACCAGCAAACCAGUCCAAGCCAAGGAGGCCUAAUUCAACAGACAGCACAACCGGUAAACGUCAAUCCAGCGUCGAUCCACUGUCCACCCUCGUUCUAUCCUUAUCCAGUUCCCAUGCCAGUGUUCAACCAAUUCGGAGGUGAAACUCACGGCAGGCGGGAACCUCGCGAUUGCUCGUGCUGUCAGAAGAAGCAGCACAGCUUGGACGGCAAGAGCUACGCUCUCGGCUGUUGCUGCAGUAUUCACGAACAGGAGGAACCGCAUCAUUGCACCGUCACCACCGACGACACUGUUUGCACGAAACGGAACUGUCCAGCUUCGAUAAGUUUGCAGGCGUUGGCGUCGCAGUUCCUGUCGUUGCCGGGGAUAAUCUCGUGCGCCAUCACCAGACUGAUCUUGAGGAAGAUACCUGGUUCCAGCGUGACCAGCAGCACGGACGACACGAUGGACAAGGCGAUGAAGUCGCUCGGGAUGCUUAAUAAGCAGCAACUGCUGGCCGAGUCGAGGAACGCGCAGCAGGCGAACGCGUUGAUCAAUCUUCACAUGACCACGAACCCACCGGUGAACAUCAUUCCGCUGCUCACGUUCCUGCAGCUAAAGGUGAACGUCCUGAAGGCCCAGGUGGAAAGUCUGAUCAACAAGAAGGUGAUGGAGUGUCAGGGGUACGAGUACGAGAUCGAGAGCAAAGGCCCGAUAGAUCCGACGGUGCUCUCAAUGAAGACGAACGCCGAGCUGCGCCAGCUGUUGGCCGCCCUGCGCGCGAGAGAAUGCAACGAGAGGGUGAACGUCAACUUCUCGCCGUACUGUUCGCAGAAGGUGAUCGCCGAGUCCCGUCUGAGCAACGUCCAGGCGAAAAUCCGCCAGGUGGAGAUGGAGUUCGACAGGAGGAGAGAGAUCACUGUCCCCGGGCCGACGCUCACGUCCAGGAUCAUCCAACAGUUCUCCGAGUCCACGUGCACGUUCGGCUUCGCGCAGGCGAGGCUGUUCGAGCCUUGCGUGCAGGGAAGGAUGUUGGACUCUCCGGAUCCGUUCGCGCAGGCGGUGCGUAGUCCUAAGAGACUGUUCUUGAAGCCUUGCGAGCCAGGACAGAGAACGAUGCGACAGAAAACAGGGGAGAAACAAAUAGUCACGACGUCGGAGAGUGGAACGACCACGUCUAAGGACGCGGGAACGGGCGAGGACGGUGCCGUUUCCUCGAAGGAGAUGGGAAUCGAGUCGAAAUCCAGCGACGACACGUGCAGCUGCCGGGAGAGUUCGUCGGAGGACAGCCUCGACGGGGAUAAAAAAAAACUUCGGUUAAGAAUUGACGAGGACGGGAGGGUGAUGGUGAAUGUCACCGGUUGUUUCUCGAGAGGAUCCUCGGUGAAACUCGCGCCGCAUAUCGUUGAGAAAGUCGAUGGAUUUUCUGGGAGAGAUUACGUGGAGAACGGGACGAAGAAGGAGAAGGAUAAUGGACAAGUUUCUGAGAUAGAAUCGGCCGAUGUUGAGGAGGUUGCUAACGAUAGCGGACAGUUUCAGGCAAUCGCGAUCGACGACGACGAUGGAAAUAUGGAGGGUAAGUUGGACGGUGGUGGGAAGUUGAGCGUUGAAACAGAAACUGAAAAUGAUGUGGAUAUUAAGAAGGGGGUGGGUGUCAAGACUGAUGCUUGGAAAGAGGCAAACGUCGAGGAUGAGGGCAUUAGCGCCGAAGCUUCUGUUGAUGCGGGUUUACUAAUCAAAAAGGAGUUUGAAACGGACUUUGAGCGUAGGAAGAUUAAGAAAGAGGAUAAGGAUGAUGAUAAUCAGAGGCAUUACACAACAGUGGAGGUAAAAGCGGAAUUGGAACAGGAGAAGGCAGAACGUAAACAAGAUCACGCGUUGGUAGUUAAAAAGGAAAUGGUGCCGGAACCUGAGGAUGUCGAGCCUUCGAAUGUUAGAUCCUCGUUUGAAAAAGUUGAGGAAGGAGAUCGUGAGGCAAUAAAGGAGGAACCGAUCAUCGAGAACGGUUCCGAUUUGUACAAAGCGUGCCGCACAAUUGCACCGAAGCCACGUAAAUCCAUCUUAAGUAAAAAGGACACCGAUUUCGAAACACCGAGGAAGGGUAAAAAAGGAAAAAGCGUACAAAUCGUACAGAUGGUGACUCGUGUUGAGUACGACAGGCAGUUUGGAGAUUUCUGGGGAUGGAAUGUCAAUGAAGGUAGCGUAGUUGAGAAGAAGAUGGAAAAUCGAUGCGACGAAAAGGUGGAGGAUGACUUUCCAAAGGAUGUUAAUAGACGAAACGAAACUGACAAGGAUGAUAAGUAUCUUCUUUCAAAGGAGGAAAAUUCUACAACAUUUGGCGAUCAACAGUGUGAAUUAGCAUCAACUUUGAGCACUGAAACAAAUGAUGAAAUUGAGAGAAAGAAGAAUGGAAUUAAAAUUGAUAGAAAUGCACUUGCGGAGAAAAUGUUUCCAAAGAGUCGUCGAACGUAUGACGAGAAAAUGACAAAUGGACUGAGGCGUUUCCCACCGCUGAAGCAUGCACGUUCAAACGCAGGUGGAACAACAACGGCCGAUAUCUCAGGAAAUAUAUUCCAUCGAGAAGAGAUUGGAUCAAUCUCCUCCAAGAUCGUUUGCGACACAAGUAGUUCCUACCGUUGUCGCGAAAAUUCGAAAAUGGAAAAUAACAUUGUCCACGCGAUAUACUCCGUGAUCGAGAACCAACUCGUCUCUUUCAAUGCGUUGCUCAACAAUAUCCAUCCGAAUUUCCUGUCGAAUUUUCAUUUCAACCGGUUGCCGAGCAACGAAACGCAAAACGAGGAGAAUUUCGGUUUCGAUCGCCGCUCGGACGAUGGACGAGGAAAUAAACAAUCGAAAUCCCAGAAUGACGAUUCGAUUUUACUUCCGUCGAGCGCGAAUGUUCGCGAUACUUCCGACGGAAGUCGAGCUUCCGUCGGCGAACAGUGUGACAACGUGCGCGGCGUGAGACACUCGAUAAUCGUGGACGAGGAGAAAAGGAGUUGCCUGCUGGUCGGGGGACAAUUUCGCGAAUUAUCAAGAAACCUCGGUCAGCCGUUUCACACUCGUAGAACAUUGUUCGUAAGGAGCCGUCUGAAGGAUUCGAAAAUCUCCGGACACGAGUGUCCGCGUCCUUUCACGAUGUUCAAACGAUCGAGAAGAAAUAAAACGACCGGGUCUGGGACGUCGGGUUCGAGAACUCGGGACGAAUUAAAAAGCUUUAAAGGGGGGAAGUUUUGA